AUGCGUAAGUAUAAGAAAGGAAUUGACGUGAAUGCAACAAGAAGAAAACGUGAAGACAUUACCAUUCAAAUUCGUAAAAACCGACGUGAAGAGCGUUUAAAUCAACGAAGACGCAUGAUGCCUUCGUAUCAUAAUGCUAUGAAUAUAGAGACAAACAGCACGAAUUCAGACGUACCUAUGCGCUCCCUUAACGGUGUCAGUGUGUCGGAUUUACCGAAAAUUGCAGCGAUGAUUCAGUCAUUGGACCCAAUGGCACGAUCAAAUGCAGUGUCCAAGUUACGACGGCUUUUGUCACUUGAAAAUGAUCCACCUAUUCAAGAAGUGAUUAAUCUCGGUGUCGUACCACUGCUUGUGGAUUUCUUAAAGCAGCAUGAUCAACCAGAAAUGCAGUUUGAGGCCGCAUGGGCACUUACGAAUAUUGCCUCUGGUACGACGGAACACACGGAAGUGGUGAUCGCAUGUGGUGCAGUUGAGCUAUUGUGCGGACUGCUGCUUUCUCCAAAUGAUGAUGUCUGUGAACAGGCAGUCUGGGCACUAGGAAAUAUCUCGGGUGAUUCACCGCAUUGUCGUGAUUUGGUACUGAAUGCGGGUGCAAUGAUGCCAUUGCUUGCAGUAUUGCGAAAGUCUUCUGGGAAGCUUACGAUUUUACGAAACGCGACGUGGACUUUAUCAAACUUUUGCCGGGGUAAGCCCAGACCAGAUUUUGCUCUUGUAAGCCCCGCACUGAAGUUUCUGCCGCAUUUGAUUCAUUCCUCGGACGAGGGAGUUGUUGCGGAUGCGUGCUGGACGUUGUCAUAUCUCUCGGACGGCACGACGGAGAUUAUACAGGCUGUUAUUGAUGCUGGUGUAUGCAAUCGAGUUGUCAACCUGGUGGAUUACACGCUCACAUCCGUUCAAAUGCCGGCUUUGCGCACCAUUGGAAAUAUCGUGACAGGCAACGAGCAGCAGACACAACUGAUGCUGGACCUGGCAGUGCUGCCGCGCUUUGUAUCACUCCUCAAACAUGAAAAGAAGCUUAUCCGCAAGGAAGCGUGCUGGGCGAUAUCAAACAUCACUGCCGGUACACCCAGGCAGAUCCAGGAAGUGAUCGAUGCCAAUAUGGUUCCGCUACUACUGUUCCAGCUGAUGUCAUUAGAGUUUGACGUCCGAAAAGAAGCUGCAUGGGCUAUUUCGAAUGCCACUUCUGGUGGCACGGCAGAGCAAAUUAACUAUUUAGUACUGCAAGGCUGCAUUCCUCCUUUAGUAAAGCUCUUAGAUGCGCAAGAUCCGCGUGUGAUCAAUGUAUCAUUGAACGCUCUGGAAAACAUUCUUCGAGCAGGGGAGGCAGAAAUGUCACUGACUGACACUGAGAAUCGCAUGGCACGAUACAUUGAGGAAGCAGAUGGUAUUGAGUUGAUUCAGAAUCUGCAAUUUCACCACGAAGAAGAUAUUUACGAAAAGUCCGUACGUAUUAUUCGCGAUUAUUUUGAUGGCGAAGAUGAGGACGACUUUGACAUUGCGCCUGAUAUGGACUAUCACUCUCAUGAAUUCACAUUUGGGAUGAGUGAAGAAGCUGCUUGUACAAGUGGAGAUGGAGGAAGUUUGCGAUUUCAAUUUUAG